UUACUAUCAUAGGUUGUCAAUUUAAAUGAAGUGUAAACAUUUUUUACAUUACGUUACCAAAAACUUUAAGACACCAAAACCUUCCCCUAACAAAUAUCUUGAGGUGAAGCACUCUCCAGUCUCCAGAAAGAAAGAAAAAUGGAGAGAGAUGGUGAAGGAGGAGCGAGCACGCAGAUGCAGAGGGUUAACAGCGGUGGUUCAAUCUCACCUACUAGAGCCCGAACCGGACCCGACUCCUUCCUAGUGGCUUGUAGAUUGUUCAGCUUUGUUACUGCGUUAGCCGCUAUUCUCUGCAUUGCUGUUAAUGUUUACUCUGCUGUCCGAUCCUUUAAGAACGGAUAUGACGUAUUUGAUGGAAUUUUCCGCUGUUAUGCGGUGGUGAUUGCGAUUAUUGUAGUCGUGGCGGAGUCGGAAUGGAGUUUCUUCAUCAAAUUCUGGAAGGUGUUGGAGUUUUCAGCUGGAAGGGGCAUGCUACAGAUAUUUGUUGCGGUGAUGACCAGAGCUUAUCCUGAAGAAUAUGGGCAAAGGAAUGACCUCAUUCUUCUCCGGAACAUAGCUAGCUACUUUCUUCUUACCUGUGGUGCAAUUUACAUUAUAUCAGGAAUGCUGUGCUUUGGAUUUAUCAAACGUGCUCGCCAGGCGAAAGAAGUCUCCAGGGAGCAAGCAAUUAAGGAUCUGCAGGAUUUGGAGCGUCGUAGAGAAGAGCUUGAAGCUCUGUUGAUACAAGAGAGGGUUUGAGAAACAUAGAGCUGAGAUUAUGGCAACAGCAAAGCCUCUGUUCGAAGUUGAGGAGAAAGCUCGGAAACGAGAGCUCAAAUCAGCAAAUUUGAUGUUCGUGUGUAUUACGUGCUUCGCUACCUAUUUCAGAUUGAAAAUUUUCUACAAUCUAUGUAUUGCAGAUCUGUACAGUUAUUUCUAUGUAUUGCAGAUCUGUACAGUUAUACACACCACUUGCAAAGCAGCAGCAGUUAUUAUCGUGAGCCAGAUGGUUGUCUAUCCCUUGUUAGUUCUAGAGAAUUAACUCUAAGAAGAAGCUCUUGCUCGUAUUGUUUUAGUGCUAGGGCAGGGCGAAAUAUUUCAUUGAUUAUUCAGUAGCCUGUACAAGACUCUUGUUUUUUUCUUUUUCUUUUAUGGUGCUUGACUCGCUA